AUGAAGUCCAAACAGUCGGCAAGAGAAGCUCGUGAAGUGGAAGGUGCAUUGCCGAUCAUCGGACACCUCCAUCUACUUGGUGGUGGUAACCAGCUUCUCCACCGAACACUAGGAGCCAUCGCAGACAAAUAUGGGCCAACGUUCAAUAUCCGGCUUGGAACCCGUCGUGCUUUCGUGGUCAGCAGUUGGGAAGUAGCCAAAGAAUGCUUCACCGUAAACGACAAAGCACUUGCUUCUCGACCCAAAACCGCCGCCGUGAAGCACAUGGGCUAUAACUAUGCCAUAUUUGGCUUCGCCCCAUACACUCCUUUUUGGCGUGAGAUGCGGAAGAUCACCACCCUUGAGCUCCUCUCCAACCGUCGCCUCGAGAUGCAAAAAGAUGUCCGUUCGUCGGAGAUUAAUUCAGGAAUUACAGAGCUCUAUGGGCGAUGGGUGGAAAACGGUGGACGUCAGCCUUUUGUUGUUGAUUUGAUCAAAUGGUUGGAACCCAUGUUGUUAAAUAUAAUUACGAUGAUGGUAGCCGGAAAGCGGUAUUAUGGUGUGGAAGCCGACAGCCAUGAGGCCAGAAGGUGCCAGAAAGCCCUCAAUGAAUUCUUUCGUUUGAUUGGCAUAUUCGUGGCAUCAGACGCAAUUCCCUUUUUAGGGUGGUUGGAUUUUGAUGGAUAUGUGAAGCAGAUGAAAAAGACAGCAAAGGAUCUGGAUUUCGUGCUCGGUGGGUGGCUCGAUGAACAUAGGCUCAAUCGGAAAUUAGAUUCAAAACGAAAUAAACACGAUUUUGUAAACGUGAUGUUGUCUCUUGAAGAAGAAGGAAAGCUCUCCGGUUUACAGUAUAAUUCAGAUAUCAGCAUCAAAUCUACAUGCUUGUCGAUGAUGUUAGGAGGUGGCAAUACACCGGCUGAAACACUAACGUGGGCUAUCUCAUUGUUGCUAAACCAUCCCGAUCAUCUAGUUAAAUUGCAACAUGAACUAGACGACAAAGUUGGUAAAGAGAGACAAGUCGUUGAAACCGACAUCAACAACCUCGUAUAUCUUCAAGCCGUUAUUAAAGAAACUUUACGUUUGUAUCCUGCUGGGGGCCCACUUCUAGGACCGAGGGAAGCGAUGGAAGAUUGUACUGUUUCAGGGUACCAUUUAAAAGCCGGGACUCGGUUGAUAGUUAAUGUGUGGAAGAUUCAAAGGGAUGAGAAGGUUUGGACUGAUGCAUCUGAAUUUAAACCCGAGAGGUUUAUGGGUGAAGAACAUGAACAUGUCGACUUGAGAGGACAUCAGUUUGUCCUCAUCCCAUUUGGGUCAGGUCGACGUUCUUGUCCUGGAGCCACGCUUGCGAUCCAGGUGCUUCAUUUGACGUUGGCUCGUCUUGUUCAUUCUUUUGAUUUAGGUCUUCCUAGAGGUCUCCCGAUCGACAUGACUGAGAGCCCUGGGUUGACCAUGCCAAAAAAGAAGCCAUUAAAGGCCCUCCUGACCCCACGCCUUCCAUCCGAACUCUAUGGAUAG